GACAAAUAUGUGAUUUAGGCAUGUGAAAAUUUGAGGCCACCACUAAAAAAUCUUUGAGCUUAGGUGGGUCCAUGUCUUAGAUGCCUUCAUCACUGAGGUUCAUCCACAUCUAAUCCAAACUCCUAACCAUCCUAUCUAAAAGCUUAUCAAAAUUUCCUUGAAAAUUGUUUUCUUUUCAUUUAACAACUGAAAAUCAUCAUUUAAUUCGACAUUGCUCGAUUUUCCGUUCGUUUUCAAUGCCUGGAACUAUCCAAGUAUCGGUACUUGAAUUGGUGGGACUACCAUCUCCAUCACAAUCUUCAUCAAUGGGUGUUAAGGGUAUGAAAAUUGUUUCGUUUAGAUUAAAUCUCGUCUACAUCUUUACUUUGUGUCAUAUAUUAAACUCUUAGUCUUGGGGCAAUGCAGUUUCUAUGGGAAAACAGGCACAUGAAAUGCAGGACAAUAAAGAAACUUCUUUUGCAUUAGCUUCUCUACGGGACAAAUUGAAUGUAUCGAUACGUGACUCUGAAGGGAGUGAAAUAGCACAUACAGAUGUUGAAACUAGGUCCAUUGUCGAAAAGGGUACUUGGGAUGAUCUAUUCCCACUUAAAGACGGGGGCAUAUCCGUAUGAGACUGCAUUUUAUCCUUACAGAAAAUGAGCUGAACAGGAUUCGCAGUAUGAGAGAAUCUGCAGCUCGGAAAAAGCAGGUGGAACUUCAGAAGAGGAGUCACAGUAGCUCAGAUUUAGCAGUUGCUUCUGGUGGUAGCCCUGCGUCUUCACAAGAUUCACUCAAGGCUCAGCAUCAGACUCGCGAAAGAAGUGUACCGCCUGACAGCCAAGCUAAAAUAAUAUUGACAGAUUCCAAUGAUGAAGUUUUGAACAAAGCUCAACCUGGUCAGAAGAAACAAGCACUUUCCACCUCCAAAUCAACUGGGGCACUGGAUAAGUUUCCGGCUUAUCAACAGCUGAAGGAAAGAAUUCAAGGACAAAACGUGGAGCAGCAGAGACGGUCAAAUAAAACACCUACCAAUGUAAGGAAAUUGAUGCUUGCUAUUGAAAGUAGUCCAGUGAAGGCAACAACUCAAUUUAGCAGUAGUACUAUUGUGGAUAUUCCUUCCAAAGAGCCAAGCUUAAAGAAGAUGGUUGCUGUCAAUACUGAACCAGUUGUCUCGAACUUAGAAUCAGCACCAGCACUUUCAACUCAGGAAAAAGUAGGUGAAGAAAGAAGGGAAAGAAUACCUGUUACUGAUGAAACAAAGGAAUUGAGUCGAUUAAGGAGUAAUACUAGAAUGGAUAACCCUUUCAAAGUGCCAAUCUUAAAGAAGACAAUUUUUGCUAACAGUAAACCAGUUUUGUCCAAAUUUUUAACCGCAUCAGCUACUUCUACUACAGGGGAAAUAGAAAAAGAAAGAGGGAAAUUAUUAACUGUUAAAGAUGAAGCAAAGGAAACAAUCUUAAGGAAGACAGUUGUUGUAAAUUCUGAAGCAGCACCCAGUCCUUCGACUCCAGAGGAGAUAGGGAAAGAGUUGUUUUCCAGUAAAUAUAAAACUAAGGAAACAGGGAAAUUAAGCAGUAAUACAAGAGUGCAUACUCCCAUGAAAAUGUCAAUCUUAAAGAAGGUAGUUUCAGUGAGUUCCGUGACAGAUAUGUCCAACUCAGAAUCAGCCUCAGCUUCUUCUACUUCAGAGAAAAUGGGGAAAGGAAGAGAGAAAUAUAAGGACUAUGGAUCAACUCAACAAGAGAUUUCUGAUGAGUAUAGUAAAGCUAAUACCCAACAUACAAAUGAAGAGAGUAAAGAGGAGAAAAAUGCAAUGAAAAAGUUGCAUACAUCACCUAUUUCUGAAAAAAGUACAUUUUCUUUGAAUACUCUUCUUGAAGCAUUACCGAGAAGAAAGCAGUCUUCUACUGAAUUUUUCAACCGAAAGUAUGGAUAUACUACCAAAGACGCUUUAGUUAUUGAUGAUAAAUGGAGAAGCAAACAAUGGAAAUCUUCUCAAUGUAGAGGAACAUCUAAAGUGUUUGAUGGGAAUGAGCAUCAUUCAAUUGAUAGCUUACGCGGCUGGAUAUUUUUGGAUGAAAUGAUACGCUCAUGUGUUUUAAGAGAUGACAGCAGGCCACGUCUGAAUGUACCUGAAGGUUGUCUUUCCAAUUGCAGUCAGGAUAAUGAUCAUGAAAAGCUCACAGAUACUGGCCUCACCCAAAGAAAAAGUGAGAAGAGAACUACUGGAUCGAAAAAAUUGGAGUCCAACAGAUGGCCUGACAAUAUACCAUUUACUGGACCAGGCGGCCAGGUAAUGAAGAUUGCGAUCAUGGCAGGCUUUGGCCUCCUUGUAUUGCUCACAAGACAGGGAAAAUAAGAGGUCUUACAUUUGUAUUCGUUCAAGACAAUACAGCCAAUGGUUAAUUUUGCGAUCAGCUUAGGAUGCAGUUAUCAUACAAACACUCUGUAUAUCAUCAAACAUGUAUGUAAAAGCAUAUCAAACUGCUUUGUGCUAAUGUAAUUCUAGUAUUGUAUUUAUUCAUCUUGCUGCGGACUCUUUUCAGAGUUUCAGGAAA